AUGAUGGAAAUUGGCAUCCCAACAAAGCUCGUGCGCCUGACGGAAAUGACUCUUAGAAACUCUCAGAGCGUUGUUAGAGUUCAAAUAAAUGUAUCAGAGCCCUUCAGAACCAAUGACGGCUUAAGACAAGGGGAUGCGCUCUCGUGCCUACUGUUCAACAUCGCUCUCAACAAGUGUAUUCGCGACUCAAAGAUCGAGACCAAAGGCACUAUCUACCACAAAUCUGUUCAAAUUCUAGGGUAUGCGGAUGACCUUGACGUCAUAGGAAGAUCUCUACCUACAAUGGAGAGUGUAUACCUUGCUCUUGAAAAAUCAGCUGCGGAGGUUGGUCUCCAAGUUAACAUGGCUAACCUAAGUACCUGA